AUGGCUGAAGGCAAGCGCCCUGCCCCGAUAUACUUUGUUUUGGGCUUCAACGACUCGAUGGUAACGUUUCGUUUCUUCAGCUGGUCGUCUGCUUUGGCGCUCACGUCCGGGUGGCAGGUCGCUGUGCACGGAUUCGAGCAGAUCGUUCUGACCUGUCCAACACUGUUGCCAAACCUUGCCGUCAUGGGUACCGAUCUCAAGAUGGAGCGCGACUGGAAAGAGUACCGGCGGACCACAUCGAGGAACUACCGCAUCAAUAUCUUGAUCAUGCUUUUGUACUGCGUAUCACUCGCUUUCAACUGGAGUGUCAGCGGAGCUGUCUACCCGACAGAUCUGCCUGGGUUCAUUACGACCUCGAUAAUCCUCCUGGGAUUUACCGUCAAGCUUCCACGGCGCUAUCAUCAGAUCUUGACGCUGGUUAGCACCAUCACGGUGUUGAUCUCCUUUACUCUUGGGUCGAUUCCGUUCCUGCCUUUUGGCAUUCUCUACCAAACCUCCAACAAAACCGUCACACUCUUUGGCAUAUCCGCAACCUACCAGGGCAGCUUCAAUGUGGUCGUGGUCCUGCUUGUGGGCUUCAUCAGUCUCUCGGGUAUAACCUGGGCCCUGGUUUGUCCGGGUCUCUUUCAUGGGCUCAGCGCCUUCAGCAUCUCGUUUUCGUACAUCAAGGUGGUCUGCUCGGGUUUGCUCGCUGCCUAUGCCAAGGUGGGAAUCUUUGCCCACUCUCAAAAGUCCCUGACCGAAGCCCUGCGCGAAAAAAUGGCCGAGGAGGUUGCCUUCUAUCUGCCCGAGAAGAACAUCUGGACGGGCGAGUUCAUCUAUCCGAUCAAGAACUAUGUUGUGCCAAUGCGAUGGUUCAGGACCCUCGCCAGGACGGUCUAUCGCGGCUGGUUCAACAUGAGAUUUCGGGACAAGGAGCUGGAGCAGAGCUAUCUAGAACACAUGAAUCGCAAGUCGAUCGAGUAUCACCUCAUCACCGUCGCCAUCAACCUCAUGAGCACAAUCAUGGGCACGGUUUUGGACUUGACCAACAGCGCACCCAUCACUCAGCUGUAUUCGUACAAGAUCCUGCGCUUCAUAUACUUUCCGAUCGCUCUGAUCGUGCCAUCGGCGCUGCUGGUCUUCAAGAGUAUUCGCCAAUCCCCGAUGAGCUGCCAAAUGAUCAUGCUUUUCAGUUCCAUCGCCAACAUCAGCGGCUACUUGGUGUCGUUCCUUCUGUAUCGGUUCCUGAAUGUUGGCGGAGACCCGAUUGUCUCCACUAUUUCGUCCAACGACUUCCAUCAAAGCCUCGCCGACAUUUCAAUCGCCAUAUUCUCUGCCUGUGCGCAAUCGGGUCUCUUGGCUCGGAUCUACUUGCCAUGGCUCUUCCUCCUGCUCGUCGCUACCUUCGUGGUGGUCUUUGUGGUACCCACUGCGGCGCCCAACAGUCUCGUCAACUAUACCUUCACGGCCAUACCCGAGGCUUGCCUCGUGGCAUCCGUUAUUGGAGUCAUGAUCGAGUUUGAGAGCCGCAAGCUCUUCUUGCUUCAGUCAUGGGCUAGUGGCUUGGAUAUCGCAAUCCCGGCAUCAGUCGAUGCCAUGUUUUCGCCUGCCAUCAUCACUCCGGCGGGUGUCCGACGCAUGAUCUCGCACACCUCGUUUCAUAUCAAGAACAUCCCGAGGACGGGCUCGGGCUCAGCCAAGGUCCUGCCGAUAACUCAGUCAAUGGAAAGAGACAUGGAAAACGCACAGACUCUCGAUCGGAGCGGCUCACUCGCGCCCACAACCAUCAUGGACAAGAUUGACUUGUGUUGA